UUGUAAUUGUUUCUCAAUAAAUAUAAUUUAUGUUUCAGAAAGGAAUUGAUAUGGUUACUAAAGCUACUGAAGAAGACAAAAAGAAAAACUAUGAUGAAGCAUGCAGAUUAUAUGAACAUGGAGUUGAAUAUUUUUUACAUGCCAUUAAAUAUGAAGCUCAGAGUGAUAAGGCUAAAGAGAGCAUACGAGCAAAGUGUGUCCAGUACUUAGAGAGGGCAGAAAAGUUAAAGAAAUAUUUGAAAGACAAGCAAAAGAAGCCUAUUAAAGACACAGAGGAUGGUCCUACAUCAAAAAAUAGUGGCAACAGUAGUGAUAGUGAUGAUGACCCUGAAAAAAAGAAACUUACCCACCAAUUGGAAGGAGCCAUUGUUGUAGAGAAACCAAAUAUAAAAUGGUCUGAUGUUGCUGGCUUAGAAGGUGCAAAAGAAGCUUUAAAAGAAGCUGUUAUUUUACCUAUUAAAUUUCCUCAUCUUUUUACUGGUAAAAGAAAACCUUGGAAAGGAAUUUUACUGUUUGGUCCUCCUGGAACUGGAAAAUCUUUUCUGGCAAAAGCAGUUGCCACUGAAGCAAAUAAUUCCACCUUUUUUUCUGUCUCAUCUUCAAGUCUAGUUUCUAAAUGGCUGGGGGAAAGUGAAAAAUUAGUGAAAAAUCUAUUUGAAAUGGGGCGACAACAAAAGCCUAGUAUUAUAUUCAUAGAUGAAAUAGAUUCUUUGUGUAGUUCACGAUCUGAUAAUGAAUCGGAAUCAGCCAGACGAAUAAAAACAGAAUUUUUAGUUCAGAUGCAAGGUGUUGGAACUGACAAUGAUGGUAUUCUUGUUUUAGGAGCUACAAACAUACCUUGGGUAUUAGAUGCUGCUAUUCGUAGGAGGUUUGAAAAAAGAAUAUAUAUUCCUUUGCCUGAGGAAAUGGCUAGAACAGCAAUCUUCAAAUUAAAUAUUGGUGACACACCAAAUGAAUUGAAUGAAGAUGAUUUUAAAACUCUUGGCAAAGAAACUGAAGGGUUUUCCGGUGCAGAUAUAUCAGUUCUUGUACGGGACGCAUUAAUGCAGCCUGUGAGGAAAGUCCAAACAGCUACACAUUUCCGAAAGGUAAGAGGUUACUCUCGAACUGACCCAACUGUAGAAGUCGAUGACCUCCUAGAACCCUGCUCCCCAGGUGCACGUGGAGCAAUAGAAAUGUCUUGGGUUGAAGUGCCUGGUGAUAAAUUAAAAGAACCUAAAAUUACAAUGAUGGACAUGAAAAAAUCACUGUUGCAGGCUAAACCUACAGUAAAUGAGACCGAUCUAAUCAAGCUAAAACAGUUUAUGGAUGAUUUUGGUCAAGAGGGCUAAAAAGAAAAUGAGGGGCCUUUAUAAAUUUACUAAUGUAAAUUUGAAGCAUGAUGACGUCCAUGAAAUGUAAAGCACUUAGUUUAAUCCUACACCUUCACAGGAAAUAUUAUAUAUUCUUCUUAGA